AUGUGGCAGUCGCUAAAAAAAGUUGCAUCCAUCAACUCCCGCGCAGUGCGCACCUUGCAUUCGUCCGGUACACCCUACACGUACACCACACUGAGCUAUGAUGAUCCGGUGGAUGUGAGCGGUGUAGAGGUGGUGCACGGCGUGUGGCCGGUGCGUACGAGGAAGGCCGGAGCGUGGCGCGGUCGGCGACACGCGGCGCGGUGCGCGUCGCCGGCGGCGCUGCACUUGCAUCGCGCCGCUGUCGGCUGCCUGACCGCGCUCGGCUCCGGCACUCAGUCCGCCUCGAAUCUCCGACGAUGUACUGCUUGCAUUACCUUUGCCGCGCUCACUUGUUGCAAGAGGUGUGGCGGGUGGGUGUGCGCGCACGUGCCUGACGUGCGGAGCGCGCGGCGCCGGCACAGUGCCGCGCGAGCGGGCGUCGAGCGCAGAGCGCCGCACGCGCCGGCAUGCGACGCUAGCGGGAGCAUGCGGCUCCCUUUGCUGCCGCUGAUCGUGCUUGUGCUCGCGCGCCCUUCGACAGCCGGGAUCUGCUGGUCGGGUAUGGAGCGUGGCGGGCGGUGCAGCUCAGUGGUAGCGUUGCGCGUAGGCCGCGCCGAGUGUUGCGCGGGCGCAGCGCGCUCGCCCGCUGCCUGGAGUCCCCGAGAUCUUGACAGCGGCGAAAUAUUCUUCUUCAAAGCGCUCUCCGGGGGAGUACCUUGUACAGCGUGUGCAGAGUCAUGCGCGGGCGUGUCAUGCGGGUCCGGACGGCGCUGCGUAGUUCGCGGCGGCCGCGCUAGGUGCGUGUGCGCAGCGGCCUGCCGCCGAGUCGGUCCCGUCUGUGGCACCGACGGCAAGACCUAUCCCUCGCUAUGUCGACUACGACGACGGGCCUGCCGACGACCAGCCAAGCAUCUCGCUCUUGAUUACCCUGGGCCUUGUCAAGAAGGCAGUUGCGACCUAGUCCGGUGCGGUGGCGAUAAACGGUGCGUUUUAGACGCGGAGUUGGGAGCGCAUUGCGUGCGAUGCGGUGGGUGUAACGUAGCUGGGGCGCCGGUAUGUGCGGUUGAUGGGAAGACAUACGCGGGCGCUUGUGCCUUGAGGAAGGCGGCUUGUGAACGAGGACGAGCUCUGCCACUUGCAUAUAGAGGGUCUUGUAUAGCGAACGCGACAUGCGCCAACAUCCGGUGCGGCGCUGGGCAGCGGUGCGUGGCGGGCGGCGCGAGCGGCGCGCGCUGCGUGUCGUGCGGCUCGUGCGGCGGCGGCGCGCGACGACCGCUGUGCGGCUCCGACGCCCGGACCUACCCGUCGUGGUGUCGCCUGCAGCGAGCCGCCUGCCACGCUGGCCGCGUCGUCGAUCCUCUCCACCCUGGUCCUUGCAAAGGUAAAAAUACAACGGACUAUAGUGUGACUCGUGAGAGGAAGGAAGCAGAGGUGGACACAACGCGCGUCCUAUAGUCAUAAAGUAGAUUUAGUUGUUAGCUUCGUAGGUGUUCACUUGAGGUACACAAUCAAAACUCGCUCUCGAACGACGAAUUAUGAGUAACACGAUUCUCGAUCAGAUAUAUGCAAUUCUUAGGUACCCGAUUUUGAAAUCUAUUCAUUAUAUGAAAUUACUCGUACUUAUUCUUAAUCUAAUUAAAAAGCAAUUGGAAAAAGUAUUCUGCAUCUAGAGAAAGACAUACACAAUGAAAUUAUAAAUAUAAUUAAGGGUGAUUAAUUUUUUUUAAAUACUGUUAUUAAAUAAGUUAUUACUAAAAAAAAAAUAUUAGCUUACUUAAAAAGCUUUGCUGAUAAAGGAAUUUAUAGCAAGGCUCACUAUAUUCUCCUUUAUCAGAAACUUUUUUGCAUAAAGAAAUACUAGAAAAAAUGUUUAUUAUAUGUCGUAAAUCCAUUUAAACGAAUGUGUAUUAAUUUAUUUAAUGAAUGAAACCGUAAAAUUGAUAAUAAAAGAUCGAGUUAAUGCGAGAGAUGGUAGUCAGCCUAAAUGCAGUCUCUUGCAUUACCAUUAUCCGAAUGAUCAAUUUAAAUUGAUGCUAUUUUUUUAUCGACCAAAAAGCUGCGAUGCUAUAUAAUUAAAUUAAAAAAUAAAUAUGUCUAUCUCUUUAUGCGAAGAAACCUUUAUCCAUAGGGUACAUUAAAAUAAUGUAGAACUGAAUACUACUUUUAUAUAAUUGUUUAAAAUACAUAUAUUAGAAUGAUUCAAUAUUUACAUAGGUAAAUUUAUUGUAUUAUCAAAACAAUACAUAUUCAAUUUUAUCUACUCCAAAUACAUUCAACUUUAUUAUGAACUAAUGUCAUUAGUAGCGGGAGUAAGUGUCAACGAGCACCAAACGACUGUAUCGCCAAGUCAUUACGUGCCACAUUAACCGGACUUAAAAAAAAAUCUUAGAUAGUAUUAUAAAAUAGUUUUAAACAAAAUUUAUCGGAAUGCACGUUUUUGAACUUUGUAGAUAAAUAAUAAAUAGUUUUUAAUAAUUAACACUUACAUUAUUAAAUUUGAGCACCAAAUCGUACUUAAUAUUUAGUCAAAAUAUUACAUAAGUGGGUAGUUAGCACAAUAGUAAUGAAAUUCUAAUUUCCGUCUCUAUGAGCGCCACUGCGAACGAAGCUUGUUUUAGGAUGAAAUGAUAUAUAGUAACACUUCAUCGAACUGACAUACCUAAUUGUUCUUUUUAAUUACCUAUUAACUCCUAGUAUUUUAAGACUUAAUUUUAAAACACGAAACGUGGUUAACGCUUAAUGCAAUAUUUAUUAUUAAGUUAUGAAUGUAAAGUUUAGUGCAAUAAUAUUAUUGAAAAUUGUAUGAAAAUUUAUGUUACGUGUUUUGUUUUGUUUGUUUUACAAAUGGACCGAGUUUCGUAUAUCGUACAUUUUGAUUGGGACAUUUUGAGAGUGUUAUUUAAUACGUUGUCAGUAUUACGUGUAUGUAAGAUUUUUAGAAUAUCUUUAUUUUCGAAACGUUUUAUAUUGGAAAUUAAGUGAUGUUUAAUAAUAUACUGAUAGACUGUAGAUAAAAGUAAAGUAAUUUAUUGUUACUUUUAAAUUAUUUCCAAAAUGAUUUCCAAGUUUUUUUUUUUACGUGUUAUUAACUAUUUGUGGAAUUGUCGUGUGAAUUGUAGUGUCAACGUGAUGCCACUUUUAGUAAAUGACUUUCUUGACGUCCUUUUUAGCUUUAAAUAUUUUAAAAGUUCGAAUUAUCUAUCAAUAUUGUAUUUCUCUACGUUAUUAAGGCGCAUUACUUACUAAAAAUAACAAUCUGAAAAAUUUUGGAACUUUUACCAUUACCAUAAAAAUAUUAAAUACCUUUUUUUAUACUUUUACAUGAGUCAUUUAAAAUAUUCCAUAGUAAUUCCAUAAUGUAAUCAAAUAUAAGCACGGUCUAAAUAACUCUUAUACAAAUAAUUAUGUAAACUAGAUAUCGUCUGAUAAUCAUUAGACCAAUAAUAAUUUUCAUGUGUCAUUUAUUUUACAAAACAAAUAGAAAUAAAAAAAAUUCCUUAAUUUUUGAAAUAAUAAUAAUUAUCCUAUCUGAAAUAAAUAAAAAUUAAAAACCAAAAAUUUGGCAGUUCAGUGUUGUAAUUCUUAGUAAGGGAAACCUCUUAUAAGAUGUAAACCUCACUGGAACUGCAUUACAAUCUAGUAAAUAAUAAGCUAACAACACAAAAUAUAUACGACUAUGAAAUAUACUGCAUACCAGCUGUUCUUAACCUUUUUGGUUGGCGACCUAAUAUAUUUUAAGCCCUCAUCCGUAAUGUUUUAUUUAUCUUGCAGUGAUAAUAAAAUAAUAGGAUUAUCUAAAAGCCCAUAGUUUGCUAAAAAUAUAUAAAAAAAAAAACAAAAUCAUUGUUUUGGUUUGUUGUAAAAAAUGUUGUAAAUAUAAAUUUCACCAUUUUUUAUAAUGUCAUUUGGAAAGUUCCUGUGACCCGAAUUUAGGUUGCGGCCUGAGGUUAAGAAACGUUGCUAUAACUAUAGCUCAUCAACUAAAUUCGCGGCACUCCUAAGGGGAGUGCCGCGAAGUCACUUCCGCAUUGGAAGGUUAUUAUGUAUAGUAGAAUGAGAAGGUAUUUUUCCCUUCCCUGCUACACUCUGUUUCUUACUUCAUAAUCCCGUGGAUAUUAUACCUUGCCACUCACAUGCCUCACGGGUAUACGAAGUUGAUGAAAUAGAGUAUUUGUGACAACACAUUCUGUAACUUUGUCACAUCGAUACGUGAUAGAAAUAAAAUUAAUGGUUUUCAUGUUAUUUUAAUGGUUUCAAAAUAAUUAAAAGAAAACACUGCAAUUUUCUGAAUCAGAAAAACAAAGGAUACCUAUAUAAAUGGAAAAAUCUUGAACCAUAUAACUCAUGACAUGACAUACUUUAACGGCAAGCUACUUAUCGUGAUUUAACGCAACACCUAUUUUACCUCGGAUUGAAUUCUUUCAGUAUAUUGCAGUGAUUUCACUUACAGCCUACAUUUAUAGGCAAUACUGCAUGUAAAACAAUGUUUUUGAUAAUUUUCUUUAUUAGCUUAUAAUAUUAACAUUAAAUAUUAUUUUAUUGAAUUUUACAUUGUGCAUACAUUGCAACUAAUACAGUGUAACUAUAGUUCCAUUAUAGAAGGUUUCCUUAUAAAAAUUAAUGUCACAAAUUGUAAGAUUAUAAGCCCAUUAACCUUUCGCGGCACUCCCAAGAAUAUACGGGGUACACAAACAGACAUACAAUCGGAUCUUCACCAUACUAAUCUACCUACCAUAAAGGAUCCAUAUAACAAUGUAUAGUUUAGAAAAUGGUAAACAUCAAAUAAGUCAAUAGAAUAAUUAUGACAUUGUUCACAUUUUUAUGUGAAAUACUAACCUAUUACAUUCAACAUUAUCAUCUUGAAGAGUGUCGCAAAUGAAGUUGACAAGCUAUAAUGAAAUUGACGAACUAUCGCUUGUAGUAACAAGCAACAAUGCAUUCAUAAAUCUAUUCCAAAUGACGUUUAAGACCUUUGCACAUCAAUACCAUUUGCAAUUAAAAAUGGGCGUCCGUUGCUACCUACCUAACGUUUUUCCGUAAGAGUUAACAAAAGUGGAUUUUUUCCCGUACCAUUGAACCAAAAGCAGAUUCAAUUAGAAUUAGAUGCGCUUUACAAAACAUUUUUUUAAUAAUCUUUCGAGUGUUUAAUUUUAUAUAUAUAUAUACCACAAAAGUGGCAAAGUAUACGGCCUGUCUGAUGGUAAACGGUUACCGCAGCUUAUAGAUACUCACAUUCAAUCAUCCCCAUUGGCAUUCCUCUAGUAAAAUUAAUAAUUUGGAAGACUUAUUUGCCAAAUCGCAUGAUGCAAGUCACAACAUUCACAACAAUAAAACCUCGCGAAAAUGGAACUAAUCCAGUAAAUUAGACAUGACAUGAUAAGUACCUAUUUAUACAUAAAAAAAAAGUCCAAAGAUGUUUAAAAAUAGGUACAUAUAGAACGCCAAAUAAUGUUUGAUAUGGUUACAAAUGUAAUGUUUGAUUUUUCUUCGUAAUGUGAUUGUGAAUGUAUAUUUUUAGGUGUACUUCGAAAAGAUUUAUUAUGUAUAUCUUUCUUAUUAUAGGGAAUGUGGACCGACUAAUGCAUACUGGCUCUCGUCAAUUAUUUCCUAGUGCUAUUAAAGUUGUUAACUGUGUCUGACUAUAAUAAUACUAAAUUGUUGUAGUUAAAUUCAUUGCAAACAUUAGAUGUAUAAUAUAUUGUCCUUGUUUCUUCAUAAAUAUUUUACACUAUU